GAACUAGAGCCCAAGCUGAAAUCUAUUCUAACAAUGAACCCAAAGAUGAGGAAGUUUCAAGUGGAUAUGACCUUGGAUGUGGACACAGCCAACAACUAUCUCAUCAUUUCUGAAGACCUGAGGUGCUUCCGAAGUGGGGAUUUCAGCCAGAAUAGGAAGGAGCAACCUGAGAGGUUCGACACUGCACUGUGCGUCCUCGGCGCCCCUCGCUUCACUUCCGGCCGCCAUUACUGGGAGGUGGACUUGGGCACCAGCAAAGUAUGGGAUGUGGGCAUUUGUAAGGAAUCUGUGAACCGACAGGGGAAGAUUGUGCUUUCUUCAGAACAUGGCUUCUUGACUGUGGGUUGCAGAAAAGGAAGGGUCUUUGCCGCCAGCAGUGUGCCUAUGACUCCUCUUUGGGUGAGUCCCCAGUUGCGCAGAGUGGGGAUUUUUCUGGAUGUAGGUAUGAGGUCCAUUUCCUUUUACAAUGUUAGUGAUGGGUGCCAUAUCUACACAUUCAACAAAAUUCCUGUUACCGAGCCACUGCGUCCAUUUUUUGCUCAUAAAGGUGGAACUCAAGAGGAUCAGAUCUUCCUGAGUAUCCAUCCUGUGAUUAAUCCAGCCAGUGCCAGUGCCUCAAUUUAUUCUGGGGAAAGUAAAUAA